AUGAGACUACCGUCGCUGGCAACUGCCAUUCCACUAGCAGUCGUCUGGGCAUCCUCGGCUACUCUGGCAAAUGCCAACGAGGCGGCCAACGCCCUCCUAGCGUCCCUUUCUGUCAAUACGGUGUCUGGAACUGCUACUGGCAGACCAACAGAUCUUGCAAGUGCACAAGAGGCUAUCCUUGCCGGGAGCUACACCAAGCGACUACAUCAUCAGGGUAGAGAUGUCUGCCCUGGGGGGUGUAGCAGUGGGGGUAUCAACACCAGCUCCUGGUUCGUAUAUGGCAGCCUCAGCCGUCUUGAUAGGGCGUGUAAUCGGCCCAUGCUCCUGGACUUUGCGUUGGCCAACCCUAUCGACACCCAGAAGUCGCAUGUUGCCAUUUCUGCGUGUACCGCGGACUACGCAAACUUCUCAAGCUCUGUGCCAAGUAAUAAUUCUUCUGCCACCUGCGCCCUCAAAGGAGCGGAGCAGACCCAAAGGACAUCUUCCUUGCAGCUAACAUCUUCGGGUGUUUCUUCUCCACAGCAUGUCGCUGAUGUCGCCUUUGCUCUGGAGCAACUACAGGCAUUUGCAAUACUGUCUGAUGCCGGCUGCAACGAGAACAUUAAGUAUUUCUAUUCUGGUGAUGUGGUUGUGGGCGUUUACGCUGGUUCGGGACUUGCUGGGCAGGGUGUGCUCGGUACUGUUCUCGAGAAGCUCAGCGCACAAGUCAAACGCGACGGCAGCGUUGCGGAGAGUUUGUCAGUUGAAUUGUGCAGCAAUUCCUCGGCUAGAUACUCAUUGAGUGUUCUGAUCAAUACCAAGGGCAAAUUGGGUGCUGUCCAGCGUGGAUUGCAGGCCUCCAAGAACGGCACCUGUGUUUCGACAGAGAGGGGAAUUGCUGCCUCUGACUGGGAAACAGUGACCUAUCUUGCUGCUUCUGUAAGUAAGAUCACAAUCACAGGCAACUCGACCAAGGCCACUUUAAGUCGUGCUACUGAGUGCCGCACUAUUCAAGUAUUCUCCGGAGACUCGUGUUCCUCACUGGCGACCGAGUGCGGUAUCACAGCGGCACAGUUCACAAAAUACAAUUCCGACCCAAGUCUAUGCUCGGGCUUGACCCCAGGUAAACAUGUUUGCUGUAACGCCGGUACUCUGCCAGACUUUACACCAAAGCCCAGCGCAGAUGGCUAUUGUUACUCGUAUCUCGUGCAGACAGGCGACUCCUGCGCAUCGCUUGCGGCGGCUAACGACCUCACCAAUGCCAAAAUCGAGUCUUUCAACAAAGAGACCUGGGGCUGGAAUGGCUGUGAGAAACUUUUUGCUGAUUACAACAUCUGUCUCAGCACUGGCUACCCGCCUAUGCCGGCCACCAUUGCAAAUGCUGUUUGUGGACCGCAGGUCAAUGAUACGGCAAAGGCACCCCCAGGGACGGACUUGAACACCUUGAACGAGUGCCCAUUAAACGCAUGCUGCAAUGUCUGGGGCCAAUGUGGAACGACAGGAGACUUCUGCACUCCUUCAAACUCGUCCACAGGAGCUCCAGGAACGGCUGCCCCGGGCAAGAACGGGUGCAUCUCCAACUGUGGGACGAACAUUGUAACGUCCAGCGCUCCCGGGGAAACCUACAACAUUGCUUAUUUCGAAGCCUUCAACUGGAAACGCACCUGUCUACGCAUGUCUGUCAACACCAUUGACACAUCGGUCUAUACACACAUUCAUUACUCCUUCAUUACACUAAACGAAGACUUCUCUAUCAAUACCGAUGAAGUUGCUGAUCAGUUGCCACUCUUCAAGGGUAUGGUCGGCAUUAAGAAGAUUGUUUCUGUUGGUGGGUGGGCGUUUUCCACUGAGCUCAGCACAUACAAGAUCUUCCGCGAUGCAGUGUCCACCUCAGCGAAUCGCAAAACGCUUGUCACGAACAUCAUCAAGUUCCUAGAUGACUACAACCUUGACGGCGUUGACUGGGACUGGGAGUACCCUGCCGAGCCAGAUAUCCCUGGCAUUCCAGCGGGCACUGAGGCUGAGACCACCGGGUUUUUCCUGCUGUUGAAGGAGCUCAAACAGGAGAUGCCAUCUAGCAAGACUGUCUCGGUCACCGCACCCGCAUCGUUCUGGUACCUCCAGUACUUUCCUAUCCAGGCUCUCAGCCUCGUUGUCGACUACUUGGUGUACAUGACCUACGAUUUGCAUGGUCAGUGGGACUAUGUGAACAAGUACGCAACCCCAGGAUGUCCCUCCUAUGACCAGGGACACGGCAACUGUCUACGUUCUCACGUCAACCUUACCGAGACGAUCAAUUCACUUUCCAUGAUCACGAAGGCUGGUGUGCCUUCCAACAUGAUCGUCGUCGGCGUCAGCAGCUAUGGUCGCUCAUUCCAAAUGACCACCCCGGGCUGUACGACCGAGCAAUGCACCUACACAGGCCCUGAUUCAGGUGCGUACCCGGGCCGCUGCACCAAUACCUCUGGCUACAUCUCCGACUAUGAGAUCCGUGAGAUCAUUAGCCGAAAUCCCACGGCCCAGAAGCUCUUCGACAAAGCCUCAUAUUCCAACAUUCUCGUCUUUAACGAUACACAGUGGGUUGCUUACAUGGACGAAGAGAACAAGGCAACCCGCAAAGCACUCUACCCAGGGCUUAAUUUCCUUGGCAUUGCAGACUGGGCAGUGGAUCUACAGUCCGAAAAUGGCGGCGGAAGUGGAAGCAGUUCAAACAGCAGUUCAUCCACCGAAACCAUCUAUGUCAAUCCUGAUAUCUGGAACGCAGCGACACCUGUGGUGACUGCUCCUCCGGGUGCAUCACUCAUUUGGCCCCCCAUGCCUCUAUCAACUCCCACAACCAUCACUUUCCCUCCGUGGACAACUAGCGUUACGUACUCCAGUCUUACAACUCGCACAAGCACCCUUUCCAAUGGCUUAACCUCGACAUAUCCGGCGUACGUGGUUCAAUCGUGGCUGACAGUGAUUGAAAUCCCUCCUUUGACUACUACGGCCAUUAAUGUAUGGGGUGUUUCCAUUCCUACCAACUCCGCCUCCGGCUCAGGUUCAAGCUCCACCUCAACAGGUGGCCCCAUUCCUAUCAUCUUGACAAGCUCAGUUCGGCCACCACCGUUCACCAUUAUCAUUACCCCUGUGAUUAGCGGCACCACCACUAUAAUUGGGGCCACCGCGACUACAACGAUUUCCUCGGACCCCAUUACCUGGGGCUCCUCAACCUACUCCCCUCCGGUGGAAACGAGAACCUUGGGUGGAACUACCUCCAUCAGCGGCGGGACAACCUUGCUCCCGAAGCCUAUCACUGUCACACCAAAUCCGCACCCCACGACGUCUCCCAAACCAGGGUCAACGGACCCUGUAUUUUCCAAGACACCCUCCUAUACAUCUGGAACGCCACCUGCCCCUACGGCCACAGCGGGCUGUAAUGGAUGCGGCGUUGAUUGUUCUCCUUUCUGCAAUCCUGACUGCCCCUUCUGUCCCCCAGGGGUAUUUGGCUCUUCUGGUAGUAGCAGAGGAGGUAAUGACAACGAUAAUGAUGAUGACGAGGACCCUGAUAAUGAGGGUGCGGAAUAUACAAUUGUGUUUGGCUCCAUGGGAGAGGGAGACGACAACUUCCCGAGAACGUUCCUCGAUGCGGCAGCACUGUCAUCCCUCGAUUCUGAAGUCAUGUCUCGCCUCAGCUCCGAGUGGGGCCUAAUUACCACCACUACCAGCACCACCACGUCAACAACAACUACUAAGAAGACAACAACAACAACAGCAAAAUCCACUCCCACGCCAAUGGCGGAUUGCCAGUUCUGGGACAGCGUCGCCUAUUGGACAUUUGAAGUAUACAAUAUCGACGGUUGGAUAUCAGACAACGGCGCCUCACUCAAGCACGAGGAAGGUGGGUGCGGAGUCAUGACGGGCUGGGAUUGGCACAAGGGGACCUCAGAUAGCUAUGCGUCUGUGUAUUUCAACUUGCCUUUCUUCAUGAAAGCUGGCUGCGUGGAGCGCGCAAUCGUCUCGGCCGGUGGACCAAAGAUUUCGUGCGGCCCAUCAGGUACUGGCCAGAAAAGGCGAUCCGUCGGUGGUGACUUGGACAUUGAGGCAGAAAAUAAUGAAGAGGGCGAUUGGACAAUACUAGAUUCGCGAGGCACCGGGAAGAUUCCGUCCCUUCCUGUCUUCCCGUCAUGGACGGACGAUCAGCUGCAAGAGUUCCAGGGUUUCUAUGAGACUCUUAAUACGCAGUCUAGGACAUCAGUUCAUACAUAUGUGCCGAUGAGAUGGGGAACUGUCAGUACCACCACGAUGACAACCUCUUAG